CCAAAACUAGCCAUUGGCGGGUUUGGACUUGGAAAAACCGCCACCACGCUUAAAAAACCGCCCAAUUUGGCGGAAAACCCGCCAACCUGGCAACCCUGUGUUGUACCAUUCAUUCCUGUGAGAAUGUGAAUGUGGGCGGAGUUAUAAGAAAGGUUAUGGACAGAGGAAGGGGAAGUGAGGGGGAGGAGCAGAGAGUGUGGAGAGAAGAGCGAGGAAUAAAGCUGAAUUGUAGCCUGCAGUCUGGCAUCUCUGUGUGGAUUCCUCUAGUUGUGCAACUCCUGCACUGGCUUAUCACACGUGGGAAACAGCCUGUCAAUAUAAAGAUGAACACAAUGUUACAGUACAUAUGGAAGCAACUUUAUGCUGCAAUAUUACAGAAAUCUCGUAAACCCUGAAAUUUCUCCAGUGAAACAGACCCCACCAGCCAGUGGGAUUAAAAAGGAAGUGACUACAUGUGAAGGGGGAACCAAUCAGAUUGCAGUAUUAAGCUACUUACAAAACAAAUACAGUGAACAGAUACAUCGACUCACAUCAUGGAAUCUGGCCUGGUUAACAGCCUCUUAAAUAUGAAGUAUAAUAAAUAUGUUGAAAAUGCUGAUACAUCCCCUCAUAGAUCUCGCAUAACAAAAAAUACAUUGCAUAAAAAUUUCAGCAGCCUUAGGUGCCAUAAACCUAUUGGUCAUACAAGAGACUUUGAUAAACAUCAUGGAACCCACACAGGAGUGAAACCAUAUUGCUGUUCUGAGUGUGGGAAAUGUUUUACUAAAUCAUCAGUACUAACUGUCCAUCUGAGAACUCACACAGGAGAGAAACCAUUUUCUUGUUCUGAAUGUGGAAAAUGUUUUGGAUGUUCAUCACACCUUCGGGUCCAUCGGCGAACCCACACGGGAGAGAAACCUUAUUCCUGCUCCGAAUGUGGGAAAUGUUUUUUAAAUCGUUGGUCACUUGUCCGUCAUCACAGAACUCACACAGGAGAGAAAACAUUCUCUUGUUUAGAGUGUGGGAAAUGUUUUACUGACUCAUCUGUACUAACUGUCCAUCUGAGAACUCACUCAGGAGAGCAAACAUUUUCUUGUUCUGAAUGUGGAAAAUGUUUUGCAUGUUCAUCACACCUCAGUGUCCAUCGAAGAACCCACACAGGAGAGAAACCAUUUUCCUGCUCUGAAUGUGGAAAAUGUUUUACAAACUCAUCAGAACUUACUGUCCAUCUGAGAACUCACACAGGAGAGAAACCAUUUUCUUGUUCUGAAUGUGGAAAACGUUUUGCCAGAUCAUCACACCUUAGUGUCCAUCGGAGAACCCACACGGGAGAGAAACCUUAUUCCUGCUCUGAAUGUGAGAAAUGUUUUUCAGAUCAAUCAAGGCUUAUUCGUCAUCACAAAACUCACACAGGAGAGAAACCAUUUUCCUGUUCUGAGUGUGGGAAAUUGUUUACAACCCGACAUAACCUUGAUCGUCAUCAGAGAGUUCACACAGGAGAAAAGCCAUUUUCCUGCUCUGUAUGUGGGAAAUGUUUUUCAUUUCAAUCUCGGCUAAAUCUUCAUCACCGAAUCCACACAGGAGAGAAACCAUUCUCUUGUUUAGAGUGUGGGAAAUGCUUUGUCUCUUCAUCAGAACUAACAGUUCAUCUGAGAACUCACACAGGAGAGAAACCAUUCUCUUGUUUAGAGUGUGGGAAAUGUUUUGUCUCUUCAUCAGACCUUACUGUUCAUCGGAGAAUUCACACAGGAGAGAAACCUUUUUCCUGUCCUGAAUGUGGGAAAAUGUUUUUGAAACAACAUCACCUCAUUCGUCAUAACAGAACCCACACAGGGGAGAAACCUUUUUCCUGUUCUGAAUGUGGGAAAUGUUUUACCAGCUCAUCAGAACUUACUGUCCAUCAACGACGAACCCACACUGGAGAGAAACACUUUUCCUGAUGUGAUUGUGGGAAAUGUUUUGCACAUAACAGUAGUCUAAAAAUACACUUUCAAAUUCAUACAAGAGGGAAACUGUGCACUGACUUACCUUUGGAAACUGAGGAGAUUUCCAUCCCUAGGAAGAAGUCAGAUGAUGGGGGGGCCCUGCAUGCCCCUGGCUCCGUCAUACAGAAGGAAAAUAACAAGAAUGACAAGAAGAUCCUGGAACUCAUGUCCAACAUCAUCCAGCUGCUGACUGGAGAGGUUGCCAUAAGGACUCAUCAUGUUUCCAUCUAUUUUUCCUUGGACGAGUGGGACUAUAUAAAAGGAAACAAGGACCUUUAUGAGGAGGUAAAGAAGGAGGAUCUGAAGCAGCUCUGGCCGCUGGCAGCCUGUGAAUAUAAAGAUGAGAGCAAUGUUACAUCACAUUUUCAAGCAACAUUAUCCUGUAAUAAUGAUGAUGAAACUAUCACAAUCCCUGACAUUUCUCCAGUGGAACAGCCCCCACCAGCCAAUUGGAUUAAGGAGGAAGUGGCUUCAUGUGAAGGAGCAAACCAAUCAGAUUGCAGCAUUAAUCCACUUACAGAACAGAUACAAGAAACAGAUACAUCUACUCCUAUCAUGAGAUACAGCAUGUCAGGCACUUAUAUAUUGGACAUUAUAAAAGAGGAAGCAGAUUCAUGUGAAAACAGCAUCUUGUUACCUAAUUCUGAUUCACAUGCUGUCAAAGAGGAAGUGACUUCAUGUGAAGAGAGUAACCAAUCAUAUUACAGCAUUAAUCCACUUACAGAACAGAUACAGGGAACAGAUACACCUACUCCUAUCAUGGGAUACAGCCUGGUUAGCAGCCCUUUAAGUAAUGGAUAUGACGAUUAUGCCAAUGAGUGCCAUAAACAUUUUAUGCACAUUUUAGACUUUGAUAGACAUAGAACCACCCAGAAAAUAAAGAAACAUUUUUUUUGUUCUGAUUGUGGGAAAUCUUUUGGCACUUCAUCAGAAGUUACUGUCCACCGACAACGAAACCACACAGGAGAGAAACCUUUUGCUUGUUCUGAAUGUGGGAAAUGUUUUACUAGAUCAAAAGAACUUACUAUCCAUCACAGAACCCACACCGGGGAGAAACCAUAUUCUUGUUCUGAAUGUGGGAAAUGUUUUAUCACUUCGUCGGAACUUACUGUCCAUCAACGACGAAACCACACAGGGGAGAAACCUUUUCCUUGUUCUGAAUGUGGGAAAUGUUUUACUAGAUCAAAAGAACUUACUGCCCAUCAGAGAACUCACACAGGAGAGAAACCUUAUUCUUGUUCUGAAUGUGAAAAGUGUUUCUCGAAUCGAUCGUGCCUCGUUGAUCAUCUUAGAACCCACACGGGACAUAAACCUUAUUCCUGUUUUCAGUGUGGUAAAUGUUUUUCAAAUCGAGCUAACCGUAUUCGUCAUCAAAGGACUCACACAGGGGAAAAACCAUUUGCUUGUUCUGAAUGUGAGAAAUGCUUUGCCAGUUCAACAGAACUUACAGUCCAUCGACGACGAAACCACACAGGGGAGAAACCUUAUUCUUGUUCUGAGUGUGGGAAAUGCUUCGCCUCUUCAUCACACCUUCGUGCCCAUGAACGAGCUCACACAGGAGAGAAACCUUAUCCUUGCUUGGAGUGUGGGAAAUGUUUCCAAACUCAUUAUCUCCUUGCUCGUCAUCAAAGGACUCACACAGGGGAGAAACCAUUUUCUUGUUCUGAAUGUGGGAAAUGUUUUGCCAGUUCAACAGUACUUAUAGUCCAUCAACGACGAAUCCACACAGGAGAGAAACCUUAUUCUUGUUCUGAGUGUGGGAAAUGCUUCGCCUCUUCAUCACACCUUCGUGCCCACGGAAGAGCUCACACAGGAGAGAAACCUUAUUCUUGCUCUGAGUGUGGGAAAUGUUUGUCAACUAGAUUAUCCCUUACUCGUCAUGAAAGAACCCACAUGGGGAGAAACCAUUUUCUUAAUUCUAUUAAAACCGAAAAUAAUUUUCAUGUAACAGUAAUUUAAAACUACUCUCUUAAAUUCACACAGAAGGAAAUCCAUAAGUUUGUUUUAACAUGUGAAUCAAACAUGUAUCUCAAUAUGCAUAUUCCAAUAUUUUCAAACUUCAUCAGAUGUCCAUCUAUGACAAACCCACACAGAGAAGAAACCAUUUAAUUGUUUUUCAUGUAGGAAAUGUGUUACAAAUCAGGCCUCAGCCAAACAUUUCUUAUACAAUGAUUAGAUCUUAAUAUGUACUUCAGUAUUUAUAGAGGAGAACAACUUUAUGUACAAUAUCAUUUAUCUUUAGGACAAUCCUUUUAUUAAUACUUUGCAGCUGACGUGUCUAAGGAGACACUGGGAUAUAUCGCUGCUUGUCACCAACAGAUACUAUUCUGGAUUUUAUUGAACAACAAGUCCUAUUCCAAGGGAUACAAGACUCCCAGGAUAUCACUUUGGCAGAUGUUUUUCCCUAACACUUUCACAGAGAAUAAUGGAGAUAUACCCAACUGGGAAUGACUUGUCAGUUACAUAUGUUUUUACCAUAACUUAGAAGGGGGUGUAAUACUUUUGUGUUUAAAUAUGUUUUAGGUUAAAGCCACUUUUGAAGCAUCUCUAAUUUACCUUAGAUUGGGAAACAAUCCUCCCUGACUCUAAGAUUGAACUAAUCAUCAGAUCAACUUUGUAAUGAGCUAUUUUCAAUAAAACUUUAUUUUCUUGCUUGAUAAAAA